GUACUAUAUACACAACUAAACCUACUAUAUCUUCAGCGAUACGUUAAAUGGAAAAUGCAUGAUAAACGCAUAAAAUCGGUGAAUAGAGGAGGAAUCGAUUUUCAUUAAACAGUCAACACAAACUCUAUCUUAACGAUAUUUCACAACUUUUCGUGCACUCGUGGACAUAAACAAUAUUAUAGAUAUAGUGUGAACUUAAAAACGGGUUAACGAAAAGUAAGGCAUGUCAAGUUAAUACUAAGUUAUCGUUACUCAUUAAAACAUAGUUUUAACUUAUAGUUUAUUCUUAAACGUGGAUUUAAACAGAUAAACGUUGACAAAAGGGAAUGAUAUACAAAACCUUAACACAAGAUGAAGUUGAAGAGUUGAAGAAAGAACUGGAAAACCGUUUACCUGGAACAGCAAAGAUUUUCUAUGUAAUCAGGAGUUUUCUUGCGGGUCUUCUACCAGGAAAGGAAGUUAUAGUAGACAGCUGGCCAGAAUGGUCAUCCGUUGUCGUGCGGACAUGCUCGGAGGAAAAGGCACAACCAUUUUUCCGCCAUACUUACAUGUGUCACGCGCGUAGCACGAGCGCGCUCAAGUACUUCCUCCAGAGGCCAGAUGUCGUAAAUUGGAGAAAACCUGCAACAUUUACAGGUGUACCACGUGAUGUCGCACCAGUUAUAUCAGCAAUGUGUAACAAACAUAUGGGACGUAUAACUACGCUCGAACCAAGGUUUAUGUAUGCUUGGACCAAAGAGGAGCUGCCACCAAAACAGCCGGUACCAGAAGGACUUGUUCUCGGUAAACUUCUUCCUGAAGAUGCUGUGACACUUAAACGUGACUGGGAGGGAUUCAGGUACCGUGACGAUCUUGAAGGUUACUUCCGGGCAGUUAUAGAAAAUUAUGAGAGUAGUUGCCUUCGUGACUCCAACGGCGAUCUUCUUGCAUACGCUUGUAUGCAGUUUAAUGGUUCUAUAGCAAUGCUGUAUGUUAAACCAGAACACCGUGACAAAGAAUAUUUCAAAAUUGUACUGUCUGACCUAGCACGUGCGCGUCUUAGUAAGAAGGAAGUUGCUUAUGGCUUUAUUCCAACAAAUGACUCUGAAUUGGUAAAUCAAAUGCGAGCAAUGGACUUCGUGUGGGUACCAAGAGGAGACAUGGUCUGGAUGGGUUACGAACCGCUUAAAAUAAAUCGAUCCAAGUCACCUGAAACCGAGCAGACGACAAAACAGAAUUCGUUUGAUGACAACAAAGUGAAGUCGUUCGAUUGUGUAUGCUCCGAUAUGGCAAAAUUCUCAAAAACAUUUGAAAAUUGUAGCAGUGAGUUGAAUGCCGGCAGCCAGAAACCAAUCGUUAAUACACACUCCGACAAUAAAACGCUUGUUUUCCAAACGUCUUGACGAGUUGAUGAAGUAGAUAUGGUUGAAAACUCUGGGUCCAAGCUUCCAAUCAAAAUGGCUUAAACUUGUUUUAAAAUGGCUAUUAUAACUUACAUUGAGAACAUUGAGAGAGGGAUUAUUACAGAUAUGGGACCACUUGCUUGUUUCUGCUUUGAAACCAAACAUAUGCUCUUGCUUCAUAAUUUUGACAGUUGUUCUUUAGCUAUGUAGAACAAAAACUGUCAGACUUGUCUUCCUGCAAUACUUCACGAGCUAAAGUUAAUAAGAAUAAGAAUUUAUGAGCUUGAAUAUAAUUCCUAAUUUGGUUCUCUAUCACUAGUUGUAUUGAUCUAUGGUAAUUUGAGUGAUGACGCGUUUAUGAAUAUUUAUUUUACAUCACAUGAUUUUCCAUUUUGAAUUACCAUAUAUGCAUCAUUCGCCAUUCUUAAAUAUUGCAUUUCUGUUUUUGUUUCGUAUGUUACUGACCUGUUUAUGCACUAUAUAUCUUUAUUUACUACUUACACAAACAUUAAUUGAGGUCGCGCAGAUUUGAUUUUGUUUUCAACAAUCAUCAAUGUUUGCUAUUACAUACAGCAUUACUUGUAAGCAGAUAUUUACACUUGCUCGUGUCUUCGCCAACAUUCUUUGUUAUUAUAUACAUGCUCGUACACGUACAAUAUUGCAGUUUUUAUGCAGGUAUUUUACACAUGCUCUGCUUUAGUUUUUGGUAUCUUUGAUGUUGCAAAAAACAGGGUGUUGUAUUUUUAGUUCUGUGUUUAUGUUCUCAAUCAUGUACUCAUGUAAUCAUCAAAGUAGGUUUUUCUGCCCGCUAUUUCUUCAUGAGUAUAUUUACUGACAGUCCCACACCGCAGGUGGUUGGAAACUAUUUGAAAUAUGAACGCUGAAUUCUGUCAUUAAGAAAGUCAUUAAAUAUUAUUGAAGAAGGUCAAUUGUACUUAGAUUUUCUGUCGUACUUAACUUUAAAAACUUAGAGUGUCACGUUUAGUUCAAGUCGGAAGGUCGCCAUAUGGCCUCAACCUUAAACCUCAACAAAAUCAAAUCCGUGUAAGGGGUUUUAUCCCUAGGUGAGGUUUUGUGAUAGCAUGAUGUAUGUCGUCCGUCGGACAUCGUCCAUAGUCCUUCGCUAUCCAAAUUUCUGUAAACAACUUUGCAGCGUUUUACCAAACGCUACAGGAAUGAUCCUUGGAUGUCCCUUUUCUUUGUAAUAAACACGUUUCCUUAUGAUGAAUUAGUAGGUCACAGGAGUUAAAAUUAUUAUACUAAAAGUAUGAAAUCUUAGAAAAGUAUGUAAGUAACUCCUAUGCACAGAGCUUAAAUAUAAUAUUUGUCAUAGCGUCAUUUUCUAUAAAUAUUGUCUCCAUGGUCAAAAUUGGCCCCACCAUAUGUGUCGCUUAAUUUAGGUUAUAUAGGUAAAUGUCUUGGAAACUACAUUUCUAAAGUUAGAUAUGACAUUUAGGAUUGCCUAUAAGACCUCUUCAAAGUUGUAAAAAUUCAUGCCCAGGGUCUCAAUUGACUUCGCCUUUUGGGUCAUUUAGUUAACAACUUAACAUUUACUUGUUUACCCAUAAAUAUCAAUGUAUAAAGCUUAGAUAUUAGGCAUGUAGCAUCACCUCGCGGUCACUGAUUUUAUAUUUACUUAUGAAGACAACACAUUUUCAAACAUGGGCAUAAAUCAUGGCCAUUUUGUCAAAAAACAUUAGCCAAAUUUACCCAAUGACUUACUUCUGCAUUUUGACCUUUUAUAAGAAUGAAUAACAGGCAAGCGAUCUAUGGACAAUAUGCUUGGGUGAAAUGCUUUGAAUUUCUUAAAGAAUUAUAUAUGCAUAUAAAGUCUAAAGCUGGAAUAGCAGACAAAAUCUAUUAAAAGUUGUUUUUGUCCAGGUUUUGUGAUGAUCCAUAUUAGUUCCUAAAUUAAAUCUAAUUUAUUUCAUUUGGAUCUGCAUAUAUUUAUCUUUACACACAAUUAUUUAUCCAAGAAUAACACUAAAAUAUCAACAUAUAUUGUAUUAAUACCAGUGUCGUGAGGACUUUGAACCCUUGAAACAAAAAAGCUUCGUGCAGUGUAUUCAUACUUUAACCAAUGUUGCCGAACUGUGUUUUUGUCUUCUUGCAUGGUUCAUAUCUACAUUAUAAAUGGCGUUGCCAUGACAACAUUAAUUUCUUCUUUCUUUAAAAACGUUUUACCCUUAAUCAUACAUGUAGUAGACAUAAAAUAGGGAUAUGGGCAUUGAGCUUGUGUGAGCCCACCAUGACUGAGUGAAGGACCAAUCUACUUCCACAAAUGUUACAUCGCUGGCUAAAACUUUGACAAUUGACUGCUAACCGGUCUUUGAAUGAUAAAUUGUUUAGAUGUAAAACUCAAAUAGUAGGAAAACAUAUUGGCAAAAAGCAUUAAACAUGACAAGUUGACAAUUUUCUAUGUUCUUACUCAAUUAUGUUGUUAGAAGGAUGCAUCGCUGAUUCAUUUUGCGUCAAAAAUAAUUACAUUACGUGUUAAGCUUUUUCCUCUUACAUGCAUAAGAACAUGCUUUAAUUGUUUAUGCAAAUUCGUUGUUUAUGUCUUUUUAGAUAUCUAGAUUUUUGUUUUUGUUGUGUUUUUUUUACCGAAAAUAGCAUCUACACAAGCUAUCUUGAUAAGGCGUUGUUAUUGGUUAAAUAAAUAUGUUAUUUAGCUUA